GUCACAGAGAAGGGCAGGGGUGUGAGGCGUCACUGCAGGGGAAGAAGGAGCAUGUUGGAGAAGAAGAAGACAGUAGAGACAUAAGGAGGCCCCUCAUGACACGAAGCGUGGAGAAGAAGGACCUUCUGGAGCGAAGCACUUGCUUGGAGUGAGUGGAUAGGAGUGGAGGAGAGAAAGGAUACAAGGCAUCUGCUGGAAGUAUGGGGUGCAUUCACAGCACGGGCCCUGGCAGCAUGAAGACACAUGGACUUGGUCCUGACACGGGAGGAAUCCCCAUAGAUGCAGAACCCGAGGUGCAUCCUGAAAUCCUUCAUCUCGCCGAGCUCGCCAAAGCUGGGAGCCACGCCUUCACAGAGAAGAGCUUCAAGAGGAGACGGGUGUGUGAUGUGUGCAGGCAGGACAUCGACAACCCCGGGGCUUUUUGCAAGGAGUGCAAGGUUGCAGUUCACAGGACCUGUGAAGCCAAGGUGACUCCCACCUGCACCUCAACAUUAGAUCUGAAAGGUUCCACCAAAUCUACAUCACAGAAGAAGAGAGGCUCCAUACCGAGGAGUAAAAGUGUGGAGCAAGUGAUGGAGCACGUGAUGGAGCGCCACUACGACUUUGACCUCACCUACAUCACCGAGAGGCUCAUCUCUGUCUUCUUCCUGCCCGACCUGGAGGAGGAGCGGUACCGCAGACACCUACAGGAAGUGGCUUCCAUGCUGAAAUCCAAGCACCAAGACAAGUUUCUGCUUCUGAAUUUAUCAGAGAAGAGACAUGACAUCAACAGACUUAACCAAAAGGUGCAGGACUACGGCUGGCCCGACCUUCACGCCCCGCCCUUGGACAGAAUCUGUGCCAUCUGUAAGGCCAUGGAGACUUGGCUGACCUCUGACCUCAGCAACGUCGUGGUCCUCCACUGCAAGGGGAACAAAGGGAAGACGGGAGUCAUUGUGGCAGCAUACAUGCACUACAGCAAGAUAUCAGCUGGAGCGGACCAGGCUCUCACCACACUGGCCAUGAGGAAGUUCUGUGAAGACAAGGUGUCCUCUUCCCUACAGCCCUCUCAGAACAGGUACGUCUACUACUUCAGCGGCCUGCUGUCAGGCACCAUCAAGAUGAACAGCAGUCCUCUGUUCCUGCACCAGAUCCUCAUUCCCUCAUUACCAAACUUCCAGACGGGAGGAGGUUUCUAUCCCUUCCUGAAAAUCUACCAGUCUCUGCAGCUGGUCUACACCUCAGGCGUCUAUGAUCCUCAGAGCUCCAGGGCGAGGAAGCUGUGUGUGACUGUGGAGCCAGCACUGUUAUUAAAGGGGGACAUUAUGGUGAAGUGCUAUCACCGGCGGAGUCGUGCAGCAGAGAGGGAGGUGGUCUUCAGAGUCCAGUUUCACACCUGCACCGUUCACGGAGCACAGCUGUGGUUUGGCAAGACUGAACUGGACCUGGCCUGCGCAGAUGACAGGUUCCCUCCUGAUGCGACAGUCGAGUUUAUCUUCUCUAAUGGGCCAGAAAAAAUGAAAGGUCGAGAAUACCGCAAGAAUGAUGCCUCUAUCAAAGUGGACUACGACACAUCGGACCAUGUGGUCAGAUGGGAUUCUUAUGAGAACUUCAACCUGCACCACCAAGACAGCUUCGAAAAUAUCUCUCACACCAGGGGCCCUCUGGACGGCAGUCUGUACGCACAGGUGAGGAAGCGACGUGGGCCAGGCUCGACUGCCUCAGCAGCAUCUCCCAAUGGAUGCCUCACCAGCAGCCCAACGGUGAAGCCCCUGUCUCCCACCUACAGUAACUCCAGUUGCCCCUCGCCACCCACUGGGCAUCUGCAAGAUGCCUCUGCGUCCACAAACUGCCCUGAGAGGGAAAAUACUGACUGUGCGCCGCGGGGCGGAGAUGGGGAAGAUAGAGCAAGAGAGAAACCAAGAGGGAAAGAAAAGGAUAGGGAGACGGCGAUUUUAGAUGACGGGGAGCUUUUCAGUCCGGGUGGUUUGAGGCGAGAGCACUCAUGUUGUGGUCGAGCAAGUACCAAGUGUGCUAAUGCUGGAUGGGAGAGGGAGAGAGCGCCCUGCCUCUCUAAUGGUCGUUGUCUUGGACGUUGCAACAGCAUUAAAAACCAUCCAAAGAGUCAAACACUGCCUGCUUUGCCAUCCAAAUCGGUGUCCUCUCCUCCAAAUGUAGCUCAUAUGGAACUCUGCCAUCGCCAUAGUGCCAAUCCGUUACCAGAGUUACCAUGGGAACACCCGCCCCCGCCCCUGCCGCCACCCCUGCCCUGUCUCCACAGGCCAUACCACCCUUAUUCUACCCCUGAGCACGCACACCCACACAGCCACUCCCUCCCAGCCUCCAACAGACUCUGCAGUGCGGAGGAGUGUCACUUCUUCCAUUAUUCCAACCACAGCCCGUCCACACACCUCCCCCAUCAAUCACUGCCCUCCAGCCCUUACAGGGAAAUGUUCUUCGGCUCUCCAACACCGUCCUCUGGUUGCCCCUGUCGGGAGUGCUCCAGCAGACGAGAGCACCAAUCAGACUCAGUCAGAACAUUCCACCCAUUGCACCCAGACCAAACAGAGAACCCACACUGGUCCCAGGGAGCAGGGGUACAACAAAGAGAGGCGCCGCCACUGUGGGAAAGUGAAAAUCCAUGGGAGGUGGUGCGAGACGCCGAGUUCUGGCAGUGCAAAUCAGCCACGCCUGCGUUUCGGGUCUGCCACUCCUCCUUGGAUCAGGUUCCAAACCUGGAGCAGCCGAGAUUUGCCAUUGCGCCUCACCAGAGCUACCACAGUCCCCAGUCCCUGCUGGAUGUGCGGGAUGGAGCCAGCAGUGGGUACCACACCCCUCCACCACCGCGCCACUCCUGCCCCUGCUCUCCUCAUCAGUCAUCCCCGGCUGAGAGCCACGAGAGCCGGGGUUACGCCUCAGGAUACCACUCUGGAUCAGCCUCACCUCUGCCUGCAAGCAGCCCGUCUACUGGGAGAGGCAGGCUGCCUGAGACUCCCUCCAAAUCCAGAGAACAGCAGAAUGCUGAAGUGGAAAAGGCCAAAACUGAUGUGGAGGAUGACAUAUCCCAGGGUUCAGAGGUUAAAUCAGACUCUGGUGGCCAGUCAAUCACUCCUGGACUGGACUCUGAUCAUGACUACACAAUAAUUGGUAGUAGCAGCCCCACACACACUGAAGAUAGUGUCACUGCUGACAGCCCCACUCAAAGCCAAGAAACCUCCACAAAGCAAGAAUCCAGCACAAAUAUCAACAAAACUAGCACAACAGAAACACAAGCGUCCAGCACAUCCAUAAACUCCACACAACCAUCAAGUGAGCAGAGUUUGGGUUCUGAUGGUAAGAGCGGUGCAGCCAAGAUCACAGGAAGUGCUGAGGGAUCGUACCAGUCACGUGCUACAAGUUAUGCUGCUGUCAUCAUCACCCCGGUCCAAAUGCAACUCAAUGGCGCUGACCUCCCCAGCGAUACUCUAUCCAACUGCAGCAGAAGUGGAACCGUGAAUCCCUCUGCCAGUCUCAGUUCUAGCCCUUCCGACACUUCCCCAAAUUCUCCCAUUGGCUCCCCAGAGCUGCGGCCAUCCCCCCAGUGCUCCCCAUUGGCUACAGACCCAGCAGGCCACAGACUGACUCCAGACAGAGACAGCUCAUCCGACAACAAGCCACCGUCACCUGUGCCCGACGGAUAUAGCACACCCACAUUUCCCUUAGCGUCCUAUUACUACCCAUUACUUAAUGUCCCCCACGUCCCAUACACGGGGUACACCGCAGUCACCAUCCCCGCCCUCCAGCCGCCGCUCCCAGAGAAGAAACGCCUCUCCGCCACCGCAGGUUACCUGAACGGACACAACUCUCUUCUGAGAGUCUCCUCAGCUCCUUCCCCAACACACCACGUCACUUUCUCCCCUGCCGUGGGACAGCAGAGACGGGGGUCUGCACUGUGUAGCCAAAAGGACGAGGCAGACAUUAGGGUGAAUGCCAAGUUUGUGCAGGAUAGCUCCAAGUACUGGUACAAACCUGGCAUCUCCAGAGACCAAGCCAUAGCUGUGUUAAAGGACAGGGAGCCAGGAACUUUCCUCAUCAGAGACAGUAACUCCUUCCAGGGGGCCUACGGUCUGGCCCUCAAAGUGGCCACCCCUCCUCCUAAUGCCAACAUCACUGGCAGCAAAGGGGACCCUCUGGAACAGCUGGUGAGACACUUCCUCAUCGAGACCGGGCCACGGGGAGUGAAGAUCAAGGGCUGUCACAACGAGUCCUACUUCGGAAGUUUAUCUGCGCUGGUGUACCAACAUUCAAUUACUCCCAUCUCUCUACCCUAUGCCCUUCGCAUCCCAGAAAACGAUGUGGUCGGGGAGCUUCAAGAGAUGCAGAGUUCAACAAGCACCAGCACAGCAGCUGACCUCCUCAAACAAGGAGCAGCCUGCAAUGUGCUUUACCUGAACUCCGUGGAAACUGAAUCCCUGACGGGGCCGGAGGCAGUUUCCAAGGCAACCAAGUGCACUUUGGCUCUGAGUCCGCGUCCAGUGGCAACGGCGGUUCACUUUAAAGUUUCCUCUCAGGGGAUCACUCUGACAGACAGCAAGAGAAGACUGUUCUUCAGGAGACAUUACCCAAUCAACAGUGUCACUUACAGCAGUCUUGACCCCCAGGACAAGAGGUGGACUAAUUCUGAUAGCACAUCAUGCAAGAUGUUUGGCUUUGUGGCCAGAAGGACAGGCAGCGCUACGGAAAACGUCUGUCACCUGUUCGCAGAGAUGGACCCCGAGCAGCCAGCCGUGGCCAUCGUCAACUUUAUCAACAAAGUCAUGCUGGGACCGCAGCUACGGAGAUGAGAGAGAGGACGAAUUUAAAAAAAAUAAUCUCUGGACUAUUGGGGAUGUGGGAGAGAUAUCAAUGAGAUUCUAUGAUAUUUUUUCAAAGAAUUGUUUGUUUGUAACGACACUUUCGCUCACAUUUGUGCAGGUGGCAUCACUGUGCUCGGCUGUACGAGAAACCAGUUCUGACAGAUCACUGCUCUGAAAGACAAUGCAUUGUUUACAAGUCAGAUUACAGAGCAAAUAGUUACAGAGGAAUAGUUUGAUAAACCAAAGACUUACCUGACUCUGGUAACGUUUGCCAAAUGUGAUUCAAAAUAAAAGUUUUUGGGACUUUUUUCCCCUAUGAAAUGUGUUCUUAUGUUUCACAAUGUACAACAAACUUGCUAACUGUAUAGCAAUUCAUUUACCUCCCUGCCAUUUCUAUUAAAGUUUCUCUACAUCAACAUUUAAAGCUCCAGAUACAAUGGUUCAGAAGGUGGAAAACUAUGUAUUAGAAGGUAAGAGUCAUGUUUUAAGGUGUAGAGUGACAAUUUGCAUUUUUGCUCCUUCAGUGGUUUGAGAAAGAGUAAAGGAAGUGACUAAAUCAAA